AUGAUGAAAUCGCAUUGUCUGAUUUCCAUCGGAUUCCUACUGUUGACCAUGAUCAUCUGGGGCAAGGACGCAAACCAGGUAUCUUCAUGAGGUCUUAAAGUAAUUAAUUAAGAAACAGCAAGAGAGCCAAGUGAUUAAGCUUCUAAAGUAAACUUUGGAAUGCUCUCCGCUUGACCAUAUCGCCUUAGCAGACCCUAUCUAUCUCUUUGAAGAAGUCACUGAGCACUGAUGUGCACUUAAAGAGGUGUUUGCUCUGCGGGAAUGCAAUUGUUUUCUUCCUUUUGGACAGCCUGCGUAGCCUGGUGGAAUUGCUUUGCACGUGUGAGAGUUUUGUUUGCCACGAGAAACGAGCACCGGAGCGUCUUCUCCCCAUUCUCCGCACAGCUUCGCAGCUCCUUUGCAAAACCUUUGCUCGCGCUAACAAUCCCGCCAGCUACGUAGGCUGCCUACCUGGUGUCGGAUUUUCCCCUGCAGGUCUAGAUCGCGCAAAAUUCGGCUUUUAUAGAUUUCAGAGUUUUUUGUUUAUUGUUGUCAUAGUGAUAUCGAUUUUACUAACUUCAACUAACUUCAAUUCAUAGUCUGUUACUGGUGAAAAUUUUAUCAGCGAUCGGACAAGGAUAAAAUCACCUUUUAAGGCGAUUGAGAAAUAUCGGUAUAUAUGGUCUCCGAAAAACUGUAUCGAAACACCUUAAAUGGAUAUUUUGUUCUUAUGAGUUUAACUAUUCUGUGAUUUUGAGACAAAAAUAAUACGGCGCUCCCUGGUGAUUUGCGGAAUUACACACUUUCUUAUAUUGGCGAAAACCAGUUCGUAAAAGCAAUCAGGGUUGUGUCAUUACGCAACUUUGGGUAAAUGUCGUAACUAUGUAUCUAAACAUGUAAACAUGUAAAAUAUUUAAUACUUUGUAGUUCUAAAGAAGUUUCAGUAUCCUUUCAUUGUCUGUUCCAUAGGAUUGUUCCCUUCAAGGAAAACCAGGACAGCCAGGGACCCCCGGCACACCUGGAUCUCCGGGUAUACCGGGUACUCCCGGUACUCCAGGUACCCCCGGUGCUCCCGGUGCCCCAGCUACCACCUGUACCAGCAUGGAUAGUAGCGAAAAUACCAGCGAAAAUAAUGAAGUGACUCUUGGUGGACGUCGAUGGAAACAGUGUGUCUGGUCAUCUAAUAGUGCCGAGAAUGAUAUAGACAAUGGACAAGUUCACGUAAGCAUACGAUUGCCACGGAAAUAACUUGUAGAAAUUUGAAAUGAUUUCCACUUACCGGCAUUUAGGUUUGUAAGGACCGUGGAUAAUAAUAUCUUAGGCCCUGACAUUUUGGGCCUGGGGUGAGUGACGUAUCUUGAGGCAUUGUUGCACGCAUGUCAGAUUUCGACAUCUUGUGGGAAUGGGUCUCUUAAAAAGCGAAUCUAGGCGGUAUGUUUCAAUAUUCAUCGCUCUUUUUUAUGUCGUUCAAUUUGUCAAAUGUUAGUGAAUUUUUUUGAGCGAUAUGAUAAAGGACUGUAUUUAGGUUUAAAAACAAAAGUAAUAGAGCAUCGUUCUUUACCUCCACAAAACAGGCAAAUUUGGGAAGUUUCACGUCGUGUUCGUGCAACGACGGCAUAGAAAUGUAAAAAAAGUGUGAUGCACAUGUAAAAAUGUUUUUUGCUAAUCCAAAUCUACUUGUUUGCCGUUCUCGUUGCUGUCGUCGUUGCUUAGUCUUGAAUAAUUCUAAAUAAGAUGUUUAACUCGGAAAGCCUGUCAUAUUGAUUCUGAAAACUCAGAAUGGAAUUUUGUUCCUGGGUUGGGACCGCAUUUUCAGCAAAUCUUGAUCCAAGAAGCGAAAAUUAUGCCCCAACUACGUGAAGGAGCAGAAAAGCAGAAUGUGAAGAUGUGGUAAUUCCUUAUAAACGCCGAUGAGCCUUAGAUGAAUCAACAGUUUCAGCCACGAGAGUACAACAGGAAGAGUGCGCUGGAGGAGAAGUUAAGUUCAAGUUCAGUUUAUUCACGUUUAUUCAUAAAACGUACAUAAAUACAAUCAUAACAGGAACUGAAAAAAGGAGCUAGUGUACAUGUUACAAUGAUACAUUGGAAUAGUGUUUAGUGGCCAAAUUAAAGGAGCAAAGCUCUCGGGUUGGCCGACCACUACCACGGUUCAGUUAUUAUAAUGGGAAGCGGUUUCACUUGGAAAACCCAAAAGUAUGACCAACCGCCAUUAUGCUAAAACCUCAUUAUGUUAACAAAGAAGCGCGGAGCUAAGAACAAUGCCUCAAAUACGUUAUUGUUUCACUCGACCCAGAGAACUAACAACACGGUCUUCUGGCCAAAGGCUGCUCAAAUAAGCAAAUCUUUUACUCUUAAAGCAAUCAUGGAGUCCGCUAGUCUUAUCCGAUUCACGCAAAUUGUGCCUCGUUUUAAGGCUGAAAGCGCGUAGAAUUCAUGACAAUUUUAUCAGAUUUGAGGUCAUAUGCACCUAAUUUAAAGCUCAGGUUUAACCCCGUCUUGCAACAAAAUUGUUCAGAUAGACUGACUAUGUACAGACGAUCUUUUUUCUACUCAGUCUUUACUCCUACGCCCACCUAUUGAAUUUAUUAUUAUCUUAUAACGUUUCGGAUAUCUGAAGAGAACUGCUGUGACUAAUUUUUGGCAACUCCUUUUUUGGUACGCUUAAGGCAUGCGAUUUCACCAAGCUGAAGUCUGGGACCUUCCUUCGUGUUGUGUACAUGGGUAUUAUCCGCAUCACACGCUGCACAAACUGUUGCAAAAGAUGGUAUUUCACUUUCGACCGUAAAGAGUGCAGCAAUCCAGCCCCAAUAGAUGGAGUCAUUUUCCACAGUGUCGACAUAAACAUCCACAGGUCAGCCAACAUUGAGGGUUACUGUGGUGGCAUUCCUGUGGGGAAAGUGCGAGUUGGAUUUAACGUAGGUGACUGUACUGGAUCGGGAUUCAGUAAUGGCAACGCUUACACAAGUUGGUAUCAAACCAUUAGGAUCAUCAUUGAAGAAGUGGAGCGUCCAGUCGCUUAA